AGAACAUUUCCUUUUAUAUCCCAUUUCUCUAGGGUUAUCUGUAUAGUUUACUACACUAUCUCUUAUUAUAUUCAUUAUCACUUACUCAAACCACAGUUCACAAAUGAGUACUUCAUAUCAUUUUUAUGCAUCUUCACAAUAUAUUUUCUUCUAAUAUCAUCUUCACAUUUUGAAGUCACUUUGGAGUCUUUUAUUUUUUUUGAUCUAGAAUGGAUGAUAAUCAAAUAGAAAAACCAAAUGUUAGAAUGGGAUUUCUUGGAAUAAGUAAACUCAAAUAUGUUAAACUUGGUUACAAUUUCUUCAUCUCUUAUUUUGUAUAUCUUCUCUUCAUUCCACUACUCUUUAUAUAUUCCAAUCAGGUCUUGGCUUUCACGUUCAAGGAUUUGACUUCACUAUGGAUCAGUUUCAAGUUAAACUUUUACCCUCUUGUUUUAUAUUCAACUCUUCCCUCCUUCCUUGCUGCAAUUUACUUCAUGACCAGACCAAGAAAAGUCUACUUAGUGGAUUUUGCAUGUUACAAACCAAAGCAAAAUUUAAUAUGUAGCAGAGAAAAAUUCAUGGAGCUAUCAUCUUUGUUAGGUACUUUUAAGGAACAGAACUUGGAUUUUCAAAGAAAAAUUAUCGAAAGAUCGGGGUUAGGGCAAACGACGUACUUGCCGGAAGCGGUGUUAAGGGUACCGCCUAAUCCGUGUCUGGCCGAAGCGAGAAAAGAAGCUGAAAUGGUUAUGUUUGGAGCUUUGGAUGAGUUGUUUAAGAAAGCAGGAGUGAGUGUCAAAGAUAUUGGAGUUCUAGUUGUAAAUUGUAGUCUUUUUAAUCCUACACCCUCUCUGUCAGAUAUGAUUGUUAACAAGUACAAGUUUAGAGGAAACAUUGUUACUUACAAUCUAAGUGGAAUGGGGUGUAGUGCUGGUGUUAUUUCAAUUGAUCUUGCCAAACGCCUACUUCAAGUUCACCAGAAUACGUAUGCUCUAGUAAUAAGCAUGGAGAACAUCACGCAAAACUGGUACUAUGGUAAUGACCGUCCAAUGUUACUCUCCAACUGUUUAUUUCGUGUCGGUGGCGCGGUGGUACUUCUCUCAAACCGACCAUCAGACUGCAACCAUUCAAAAUACAAAUUAAUUCAUACUGUUCGGUCUCAUAAGGGAGCAGAUGAUCGUUGUUUCAAUUGUGUUUACCAACAAGAAGAUGAAUCAGGACGUGUAGGUGUUUCAAUAUUAAAAGAUUUAAUGGCUGUUGCUGGUGAAGCAUUGAAAGUAAACAUAACAACAUUAGGUCCAUUGGUAUUACCAAUGUCUGAACAACUACUAUUUCUUGUCACAUUAUUUGGAAGAAAAGUACUCAAGAUGAAGAAUUUGAAAGCCUACAUUCCUGAUUUCAAACUUGCAUUUGAUCAUUUCUGUAUACACGCAGGAGGAAGAGCCGUAUUAGAUGAAGUCGAAAAGAAUCUACAACUAACGGAUUGGCAUAUGGAACCUUCUAGAAUGACACUAAAUAGGUUUGGAAAUACGUCUAGUAGUUCAUUGUGGUAUGAACUUGCUUAUAGUGAAGCUAAAGGAAGAAUGAAAAAAGGUGAUAAAACUUGGCAAAUUGCUUUCGGAUCAGGGUUUAAAUGUAAUAGUGCAGUUUGGGAAGCAAUGCGAAAUAUCGAUCCUACCGAUGAGAUUAAUCCUUGGAUGGAUGAGAUUGAUCAAUUUCCUGUACAUGUACCAAAGAAUUCUUAUGUUAUCCAAUCUUCUUAGUUAGAUUUAAAAUUCCAUGCACACCAGCUGAAUCUAAUAUUGUGUUUACAUGAAGAGUAUUUAAUAAAUUGAAUUUGUGUCUGUUAUCU